CUCGGCUGUCGGCGCUUCCAUGAACUUUGACCCUGAAGUAACCUUCGCCGGUGUCGUUACAUGCGAACACAGGAGCCGCACACUGCCUCGAGGAACCGUGGUGUUAAACAAUGGCGAAGUACCUCGCGCAGAUCGUUGUGAUGGGGGCGCAGGUGGUGGGACGCGCGUUCGCUCGCGCUUUGCGGCAAGAAUUCGCAGCGAGUCAAGCAGCGGCGCAGGCCAGGAACAGUGCCGGUCAGCACUCUGCUGCAGCCUCGAGCAUCACUGGGAUGAGCCUGCAAGAGGCGCAACAGAUCCUCAACAUCUCCACACUGACCCCUGAGGAGAUUCAGAAGAACUACGAGCACCUUUUUAAAGUCAACGACAAGAUGGUGGGCGGUUCAUUUUACGUCCAAUCAAAAGUGGUGCGGGCUAAAGAGCGUCUAGACGAGGAACUAAGUAUUCAGACACAAGACAAGCAGCAGAAAACAGAAACAUGAAGUAUGAAGUUAUGCCUCCCCUUUCUUUCCUCUCCCCAUCCUCUGUAAAUUAUAACCCAAUAAAAGCCUUCUCCUUUUCUCUA